AAAGUUCUCAAGGCAUCAACCUCAUACUUCUGAUCUCCAUCAAGAAAUCCCCUCCUUACAAUCAGUCUUUCUAUUAUUUUAGUUUCCUUAUUGUUACUAUUUGCUCCGGCAUACUCCGUACUCCCCGCACCACCGCUAUCCCCGCCGCACUCGCUGAUCACCGAAAACACCCCUCUAUCGUACUACUUCUACGACAUCGAAUAUUAAAUAUUAUCAAAAAGUCACUGAAAAGCAGCCCGUUUACAGCGGAUCACGGAUUUCGAAACCGGUAAAAGACAGAGCUACCAUUUAUAGUCAGGCCGAAAGUUAGAAGACAACAUGUCGUCAGUUGCUCAAAAGCGUCUGUUCCACGAAUACAAGAACCUUUCCAUGAACCCGCCGGAGGGUAUCACUGCAGGACCCGUAUCAGAGGACGACAUGUUCCUCUGGGAAGCUUUGAUUCAGGGACCGGAAGGAACGCCGUAUGAAGGGGGAAUUUUCGCGGCUGAGCUUAAAUUCCCCAAGGAUUAUCCUCUCAGUCCGCCGACCAUGAAGUUCGUGGGUGGUGGAGUUUGGCAUCCUAAUGUCUAUCCCAAUGGAACAGUUUGCAUAUCCAUCCUUCACCCCCCAGGCGACGAUCCGAACCACUACGAGCACGCGUCGGAGAGGUGGUCGCCUAUUCAGAGUGUUGAGAAGAUACUUAUUUCUGUGAUGAGCAUGCUUGCGGAGCCGAAUGAUGAGAGUCCUGCCAAUGUCGAAGCUGCUAAGAUGUGGAGGGAACGGAAGGGCGAGUAUGAGAAACGGGUCCGAGAGGAGGUGAGGAAAGGAUUGGGACUGUGAUACCACUUCAGAUGCACGUAUUGUGCUUUUUUAUGAUAGAGCAUCUCAUAUUAUGCCUGCUUGUGUUUCGGUUUACGUUGCAUUUUCUGUGUUUGCCAGCAUAGCAUCCAUGGAAUAGACAGGUGUUCUGUCGUUGGUGGCGAGCUGGUAUGUUUGCGGACAAUGGGCGUUUUUUCUGGGUGCGUUUCUUUCUCUUCUCCUUUUUGCCUUUCAUACUGUUCUACUAAAUUGGGGGAUACGGCUUAUACCUCUCUGUUUGCUCAGCCUCUAAUCGGGGCAUUGAUAGACGAAGAGCAAUGGGUGCUUUAUGUCUUGUCGCCUAACAAUAUACUUACUCCAUUGAGUCAAAUAAAU